AUGACAAACUUCAACGGUCGCCGCGGCCCCAACGUGUCGCAAUACCUUCGCGACCUCAACGCCAUCAACCGUCAAGAGACUGCUCACGACGAGCCUUUCAACAUGGAGGAGGACCUCGCUCUUUUCACCAACACUCAAUUCUUCGACUUUGAGACUGGUCAGAACACCGAUUACCAGGCCCACCCCGUCAAGGUUGACUUGGAGGCUCCUCAAAGCACCUCCCCUUCCGAUGGAAUGACUCCGGCCCCCUCUGUUGUGGGUGAUAUCACUGCCGGCAACUUUGAUUUCAUGCAGGCCUACUAUCUUCUUUACUUCAGCCAUGAUAGACUCUUCUCGACAUCAACUGACCACAAUACCAUGGCAGGCGACUUCAGCUUCCCCGACUUCACCAGCACUUAUCCUUCAACCCCCAUGACCGCCUUUGCCGAUGGCACUCAGAACUUCGCUGCUAUGCAGCCUAGUGCCCCCGCGAGCUACCAGCCUGUACCACAACAGCAGCAGGCUCCUCACUUCGCUCAGCCAGCUGCCCCUCAGCUUCCAACCGAGAGGCGCGACUCCGAGACCUCCCCUGGCGCUGGUCGUGGAUCUGUCAACUUGGAGGAAGCUUCCCGUCAUGCCGCUGAGGAAGAUAAGCGAAGACGCAACACUGCUGCCAGUGCUCGCUUCCGUAUCAAGAAGAAGCAGCGUGAGCAAGCUCUUGAGAAGUCCGCCAAGGAGAUGUCCGAGAAGGUUUCCGUUCUAGAGAGCAAGGUGUCACAACUCGAGACCGAGAACAAGUGGCUCAAGAACCUCUUGGUUGACAAGAACGAGGGCAACGAUGAGAUCGUUGCUUUCUGGAAGGAGUUUCUUGCAUCCAAGGCUGCCGACAAGCCCGAGUCAAAAGCCAAGUCCCCCGUCAAGGAGGAGACAAGGUGA